AUGGACCACCGCACAUGGGGCAUCUGCGUCCUCUGCCUGCUGGGCCCAGUACCUAUUGCACUGGGCUAUGUGCACCCAGAAUGUGAUGUCAUCACCCAGUUGAGAGAGGAUGAGAUUUCCUGUCUGCAAGCAGCAGAAGGGAGGCCCAACACUACCGUGGGCUGCCCCAGGACCUGGGAUGGACUACUGUGCUGGCCAGUGGCAGGCUCUGGAGAGUGGGUCACCCUCCCCUGCCCGGAUUUCUUUUCUCACUUCAGCUCAGAGCCAGGGGCUGUGAAGCGGGAUUGUACCAUGACGGGGUGGUCUGAGCCCUUCCCACCUUAUGCUGUGGCCUGCCCUGUGCCCUUGGAGCUGCUGGCUGAGGAGAAAUCUUACUUCUCUACAAUGAAGAUCAUCUAUACCAUGGGCCAUAGCAUCUCGGUUGUAGCCCUCUUUAUGGCCAUCACCAUCCUGCUUGCUCUCAGGCGGCUCCACUGCCCUCGGAACUACAUCCAUACCCAGCUGUUCACCACCUUCAUCCUCAAGGCAGGAGCUGUGUUCCUGAAGGAUGCCACCUUCUUCCGCGGUGACGACACUGACCACUGCAGCUUCUCCACUGUUCUGUGCAAGGUCUCUGUGGCAGCCUCCCAUUUUGCCACGAUGACCAACUUCAGCUGGCUGUUGGCAGAAGCUGUCUACCUGACCUGCCUCCUGGCCUCUACCUCCCCCGGCUCAAGGAGCGCCUUCUGGUGGCUGGUUCUCGCUGGCUGGGGGCUGCCCAUAAUCCUCACCGGCACGUGGGUGGGCUGCAAGGUGGCCUUCGAGGACAUCGCGUGCUGGGACCUGGACGACAGCUCCCCCUACUGGUGGAUCAUCAAAGGGCCCAUUGUGCUCUCCGUUGCGGUGAACUUUGGGCUUUUUCUUAAUAUUAUCCGCAUCCUGCUGAGGAAAUUGGAACCAGCUCAGGGCAGCCUCCACAUCCAAUCUCAGUAUUGGCGUCUCUCCAAGUCGACGCUUCUUCUUAUCCCACUGUUUGGAAUUCACUAUAUCAUCUUUAACUUCCUGCCUGACAAUGCUGGCCUGGGCAUCCGCCUCCCCUUGGAGCUGGGACUAGGCUCCUUCCAGGGCUUCAUCGUUGCCAUCCUAUACUGCUUCCUCAACCAAGAGGUGAGGACUGAGAUAUCACGCAAAUGGCAUGGCCAUGACCCUGAGCUUCUGCCAGCUCGGAGGACCCAAGCUAAAUGGACCAGGCCUUCCUGCUCGGGGGUGCAGGUGCUGACAUCUGUGUGCUAGGCUGGCCCCAACAUGCGGCUGGAGUCCACAUCUGAGCUCAGGCAGCUGCAGUGGGUCUGCCACCCUCUGGAGGAACAAGAGUGCCACUGAGAGCCUUCAGAACUCCCCGUCCCACAAGCCGCUGCCCAGCCCCGGACAAAGGCCCUCCCUCUCUGCCUUGGACUCUUCCCCUAGGUCCCUGCACGCCCACCUCUGACUUCCUUGGUUCCUCUGUGUCUGUUCUUACUGGUUCCUCUCGCCAGGGUGUUGGGGUAGAUAUAACCCAAGGCCCAGCCAAACCAAUAAACUUGGACAUGAAUAGGUCUAUGUUUGAGUAAUCCACCUCCUAUAUUUGCACCUCCAGUGCACAGUUGCAUUUAUCAUUCUUCAGCUCAUGCCACAUUCUACUCAUUUGUGCAAGGAUCCUCUUGCUUUAUUUAUUUUUAAAA